UGGGACAAAGGCAGCAAGCCAGGCAUUUAGACAGCGUCCUCAUCUUGCUCCCCCAUCACUCAGAAGCGUUGUAUCGGUACCCACAGCAGACAGAAGGAGCCAUAGCUCCUGGUGUGGGGCCCGGGAAAAGGGAGGUGCUUAGGUACCCCAAAUAGCCAUGUAUAGGAGCACCUACCUUCGUGAGACCCGAAAGGAGAAAUAUGAGCGGGCUGAUGAAUUGCAUGGCUCAAGAGAGCUGAGUAGCCUGGGCCAGGCUCAAGGGCUGGAGCAUCUACAGGAACUCAAUGAGCGCUUUGCCAAUUAUAUCAACUGGGCCAGGGGGCUGGAGCAACGCAAUGCCAUCUUCCGCAAGCAGCUAGAGACCUUCCAGCGUCUAGAUGAGCUGGCUGGCUUGGAGGAAGCAUUUUCUGAGCAAAUAGAGCUGAACCUUCAGCGAGCAAGGGACCUGGCUAUUGACCGGGCCAAGCUGGAGCGGGAGGACAAGGAUGCCCAACGGGUACUUGAUGAGUUCCGAAAUAAGUAUCAGAAUGAAUGUGAAUAUCAGCUCCUGCUGAAAGAAACGCUUGAACGGCUGAACAAGGAAGCCGAUGAAGCCUUGUUGCAUAAUCUGGAACUUCAGAUUGAAUCCCAGUUUCUUCAGGAUGACAUCAGUGCAGCAAAAGACAGGUACAAGAAGAAUCUUUUGGAAAUCCAGACCUACGUCAGCGUCCUCCAGCAGAUCAUUCAGAACACACCUCCAGUGUCCACUAUUGCCAUCAGCAUAAAUGAGGAGAAGCUCAUAGCUGAAAGGAGAGUUCCCAUUCUGCAGAGCCAGCUUGAAGAAUACAAAGGUAUCCUGGCCCAGUUACAGAUGCAGAAAUCCAAGCUACAGACUGAGACUGUGACAUUGGAACAAACUAUUAAACAUACCCAAGAGAGUUACGAUGAUGAGAUUCAACUUUACAAUGAGCAGAUUGAAACUCUGAGGAAAGAGAUUGAAGAUGCAGAAAGAAUGCUGGAAAAAUACACUAAUGACUGCCGCCAGCUGGCAAUAUACCAGCAAUCGCUAGAAAAUGAAUUGGAGCGAUACAAGCGUAUCAUUGAGAAUGAAGAUAACAGGCUGAAUUCUGCCAUAGUGGGAACACCGAUCACACUCUUCACCCAGAGCUACCAAGCUUCUUACAACCUGCCUUCCAACAGAAAAGAUAUCACCCGAGCUAUGCAGGAUAUAACAACAGUAAAACCAAGACAAAAAGGUCUCCCAAAGAAAGCUUCAAGGAAGAAGGAGAUUAUAGCUAAGGACAAAACAGAUGAAACUUUAGAGGAUCAACCAGCCAAAAAAUCUGUAGAAGGCAAAGACCAAGUGCAACUUCAAGAUGAGAGCCAACCAAAGCUAGAAGUGAGACCUGGAGAAGCAGGGACCCUAAAACCAGAAAUAGCUCCAGAGGAUGUGCCAGAUGGUGCACGAUUAAGCAAAGCCUUUGGUAAAGUAUGCAAUAUUAUUAAAGAGAGAGUAAGAAGUGACAAAGUACCUGAGCCUCAAUCUGAUCUCUACACCAAAGGGCGCUAUGUACUUGUCACAGGAGAUGCCAGCUAUACAGACCCUGACUUUUGUUCCUCAUCCAUCCCAGCAAAAGGUGGGAUUAUUGUUUCUAUUGACCAGUCUGAAGAAGAUGAUGUAGAGCCAGUACCUGGGCUGCCUGAACCCCCAUGCCCAAAUGGAAAAGAUGACCCUCAGGAGUAUGAUGAUGAAUACAAAAAUCAAGAACAUUCUGGAGAUAUAAAGAAUGAAAACCAAAACAGAGAUCAGAGGAAAGUGGGAGAAAAAACUGAUGACAUUUCAAAAGAAAAGGGGACUGUGAAGCCCUGCCCAGUAAUCAUACCUGGUCCAAAUGGACAUUCUGCAGACCCUUUUCAGAAGAACAAGAAAGAUAAAGCUACUGAGGCAGCAGAUAAAGGGCUACCAGAGAAGGGUCCCCAUGGAUCCAUGACCUAUGAGAAGGUAGAGGUGGUAGAAUCUAUUGAGAAGUUUUCAACUGACAGAAUUCAAACUUAUGAAGAAACAGCAGUGAUUGUAGAAACAAUGAUAGAAAAGACAAAUAGGAAGAAACUGGGAGACAAAAGCUCAUAGAUGGUCCAGACUUAAAAUAGAAAAUAUACUCAAUAAAUCUCUGAGUGGGGUAUUUAGAGUGAAUGAUGAAAUAAUGAGCUUUGUUGUUUGUGCAAGAUUACAAUUGAUAUCUCUGGAGUUUCUAAAGAAAGCUUUAAUCCUAAAAUUAAAAGUUCUCUUUCUUUGAGUAAUCACGUUAGCAAUUUAUAGUAAUCUGGGUGAAUAUACAUUUUCAAGAAAUGAAACAUAAAUAUUUUUACAUCUUUACAAUGAAGUUACUAUCAAAUAUUUAUACUUAUUGAGAAAUCCUCUUUUCUAGCAUGUUUGUUUCAGGCAUUAUUUUUCAGGAAUUAUCACUGUUGGGUUUCCAGAUUGAAAAAAAAUGUUAGCUUUCAUCAUUUGGCUCUUUUGCAUUCAAUAAAAGCAUUAUAAUCUCCAGAA